CCUCUCGUUCAGCAUAAACAGUAAAACGCUCAUCUUCUUUGGUUUCGAAAACGAGAGCACUCUUCCGCGUUUACAAAAUGGAGAGCGCUCUGCUGUGUGCUUCUCGCUUUGUUCCUUCAACAAUUAAGCAUUAUGGUGAAGUGGGUGCAUUUGGAAGGAAUUUUCAUACUUCAUUUUGUGUCCAAAUGCCGUACAGCAAUUCCCUUUUGAGUAGAAAUAAAGGAACUGCUCGUAGAAGCCAUAUUGUCAUCGCUUCAGUGCUUGGAAGGAAAGUUAAGAAAGAGACUAUCAUUCCUGACCCCGAUUACCGUCUCCCAGUAGUCCUUCUUGGUAUAGCUGGUGGUUUGGUUUAUGUAGAUAAUUUAUUGGCAGCAGUCCCAGUUGGCCUUCUUGGAUUGCUGCUGUUAGUCCAGACAACAAGAGUCAGAUUCGUCUUCGAUGAGGAAGCUCUGGAGGUAAAAAUUGGAGAUCAACUUCAAGAGUCAGGUCCAAAUGCUUUUGUGGGAGGAAAAAGUCGCUGGAAGUACUCAACAUUUGUGAACUGGGAGCUGUGGUGGCCUAAUUUCCCUAUUUUAGUAUAUUUUAAGGAGAAACAAACAAAGCCUGAAGGUCAAGUGCACUUUUUCCCAGUAAUUUUUAACGGAAAGCAACUCUAUGAUGUUAUGGUCGAAAGAUGUGGUUCUUCAAAAACUAGUGCACCCAAAUAGUUGUAAACUGCGUUAUAAUGAGCCAGAUUUGUGAGAUCACGCAAUUGGACAAGGGAAGAAGUUCGGUUUCUUCUUUCCUAAAGCUAGCUAGACUUUGCUGUAAAGUAUCUUACGCUUUGUUGUUUCACUAUAUUGAGGGGUGUCGAGGUAACAAACUUCCGCAGUUAAUAAUCCUUGGUAGUAUUUACCGCCGUGUAUGUAAUAGGGUAGGAUACUUGAAUAUAUUUUAGCCCUUACAUUAAUUAAAUGUUAUACGGGUUUUAUUGCAAUAAAUUUCUUUGUCAUU